GAGGUUCCUGACUGUCGACAGCCUUCAUGGGCUUCCUCAUCCCAUCAACGUCCCGCUUGGAAAGCAGCGUAUGAAAGACAAAGCACCACCGACGGCCUUGGCAAGCUCAAGUCACGCCGUUUCGCCCCCAUCGAAUCCCUUCUCAAUCCGAAGAAGAUGGCGUUGCUCAAGCUGAGUUGCGUCAUCCUGGCCGCGCUGGCCUCCGCCGAACACUGCGUCGAAGAAGCGUCCCUCUUGCAGGGCGUAUCACAAGCAAAGUUGCAGGAGAAAGUGCAGGAACUGCAUGAACAAAUUCCUGACCUCAACAAGAUCCUGGAAAAGGCCAAGAGCGCGGUCAACGCUGGCAUUGGCCAAAUCACCACCCAGAUGACUAGUGCCUUAGAUGAGCUGAAUGAGACCAUCAACGCCAAUGCUGCGAAGCUCAACAACUCCGUCCAGAAGUUUGAGGCCAGCAUGGCUGCCAACUUCACCGUGGAGCACAACGUGACCCAUUUCAAGAAACUGGUGCAAGAAAACACUGGGAACUUGCUGCCCUUCUACAAUCAGGCUCUCAAAACGAUGAACACCUCGUUGUCGACGACAAAGACUGUUUUGUCGGCCAUGGGGCAGAAGGAUCUGGUGGAGAAAUUGGAGUCUUUGGAGUCGACGGCUUCAAAGCAGCUGAACGAGUUGGUGGAGACCACCAAAGAUAUGGGGACAGACAUGGCAGGCGCCAGCGUGGAGAAGUUCGUGGACUACCGUGUGACCAUGCUGGCCAAGUUAGGCUCUGCCGACCAGUGCGUCGACCUUUUGCGGAAAAGCUUCAAUCAGCAGAUGGCGGCCUUCGCAGGGUCCUUGCUGGAGCCCUUGAAGAUUGCCCUGGGAGAUAAGGCUGUGGACGAGAUCAAUGACCUCUCCACUAAGACCGACGAGGUCCUUCAGAACCUCCAGACCUUGGUGACGACCACCAGCAGUGCGCUCACACGCAUUGGAGAUGGAGUGGAUUCCAAGAUCAAAGCAGCCAGAGACCAGGAGGGCUUUUGGGGCCACCUUUUCCACGGCCUUCUCCGCUGAGAUCACAGGGGGUUUCAGCCCUGUUUUGCUCACCAAAUGGUGAACAUUUCAGCCCUGUCCACCUCGGCCGCACUGCAAGAAAGCUCCAUUUGUGCGCUGUUCCGAAGGGUGCAAGUGCUGCAGGUGGUCACUCAACCAAUGUCAAUUUCGAGACAAGACACCCUGCAAUGUUCAUAACAUUCUAUACAUGUUUGUUUUUUAUGACUCAUAACGCACGUUUCCGUCAUUCUAUUUGUGGUCGUCUUUCCAUGUGACAAGUUGAGCAGUUCCC